GUUGACUUUAAGAUUAUGAAUUAAAAAUGUUUAUAACAGUUUUUUUUCUUCAACAAAAAAUUGCCUUUUAGGAGGUGAUAACUUAAAAUAAUAUGUGGCAUUAUUAAUACAAAAUUAGAUAAAAUAACUUCCAGGUAUAUCUGUUGACUUGUGUGAAAAUGGCUAUCCGAGUUCACCGUCCACCAAUAAUAUUUGGGUUUUAAAAGGUCACGUGAGGAUCAUGCACUUUUACAACAUCUAACACCAUAUGUUCGGUAAACGAACUUUAUUAACCACACCUACAUAACCUAACUUUCCACAAUUUAUAAAGUCCGUUUACCGAACACAUGGAGUUGUAAGUACGUGAUCUUCACCGUUAGUGGUGUCCUCGAGUGUUUUGUGCGAAGUUAUUUUAAGGUGAUUAUAACAAUAUUCGCCAAUGGAUCCAAAACUGUCACCUCCUACAAAGCGUGUAAGAAGGCAUUUUUCAGUUGAGGAAAAAAAUACCAUCAUUAACAUUUUUAAAUCCUUUGCGAAUGAUCAUCCUGAAAGCACGAAGGUGGAAAACGUGAGAUUCACAGCAAAAGCAAGCGGAAUCGCAAGAUCCAGCGUUUAUAAUAUUUUGAAAGAAUAUGCUGCCAAUAACCACACCGUACAACCACCCAGGAAAUAUCACCGGACUCGAGCUGUCUUGGAUAAUGUUACCGAAGAGGAAAAAAAUUUAAUUCGAAGAAUAGUACACUCUUUCUUUUUGAUAAAUGAAACUCCUACAUUAAGUAAAGUAUUACACGCGGUUAAUGAAUGUGAUGACCUUCCUAAUUUUAAAAAAGCAACUUUUAGAAAAUUGUUACUUCAAAUCGACGCUUGCAACAGUUCAUCUAUAGACUCUCCGACACCAUCAACUUCAACGUCUUCACCUCCUCCAAUCAAAAAACCUAAAAUUCUUCAAGUUGUUGAAACAAGCAGCAAAGAAGUGACCGACGAAAGCAAUUUUUCAGCGACAUCUAAUUCCAGUACUAUCACUCAGAACAGUGACUAUUCUUCACAGAAUGAUGAAACUCCAAUUUUUGACACAAUUAUGAUAAAAAGCGAAGUUGAAGAAACCGCUGAUGACGUCAAAAUAAAAGUAGAGAUGGAAAAUGACGACAGCGUAACUUCUUUCUCUCUAGAAAACAUAACCAAAACUGAAAUAAAACACGAAGAUGAAGACCACGAAGACACCAGUGAUUGUUUCACUGACGAAUCGCAAGAUUUUGAGCUUAAAACAGAAGAACUGAUAAUCAAAGACGAAAGUGAAGCAGCCUCGACUUCAAGUGCAACUCAAACCGACUCCAGCCACGACGAUAAACACGCUGCGGUCAGCGACGAAGUCGAGCGACUUUUAGCACAACUCCGCCCGAAAAAGAAAACCAUCAAAGGUCCGCAAGCUCAGUUCACCGACAACGACGUCUUCCAAUUCACCAUCACCCUCCUGAGGGGCAAACGUGCCCCAAGAAUAUGGCGCUGCUUCCAAGUCCCUGUUACUUACACUUUCCGGGAAUUCCACAUCGCGAUCCAGAAAGCGAUGGGUUGGAAGUCGGUCGAUUACGACUACCAUUUACAUGCGUUCCAUCUGAUCAACCCAUCUACCGGGUUCCAGGACAACAUCGUUAUGACUGAAGACGUCGGGUUUUAUAGUGGGGCUAAAGAUGAGAAUGUAACGAAAAUCAAAGAUUAUUUCACCGUUGGUAAACAUAAGGGUAGAUAUGAGUACGAUUUUGGGAUUGGAUGGGAACAUGAGUAUGUGUUUGAGGGGGCUUUUCCACGGGUGGAGGGGAGAACGUAUCCUGUGUGUCUCAGAGGGGCCAAAGCGUGUCCCCCAGAGGACGGCGUUGUGCACUCUGACGAGGAAUAUGAUUCUGAUGCGUUUGAUGCGGAAGCUUGUUUUUGAAUAUUUUUGGUUUUGUAUUAUUUGAGUUUAGUUGAAUAAAGCUUAUUUUUUGUA